AUGCCUUAUGUCUGCCAAAUUCAUCCAUCCCGCCAGAACCCUACGGAUGUGUUCUCACUGCUGGCGUCGACACUGCCAACGGCCACUCACUUCUACCUUAACUACGUCCCUGUUCAGUGGGGCACCCACGUCAUGAACAUGAUGCGGUACAUGCCCCUGGCGAAAUAUCUCGGCUACCGAAAGGUGUGCUCUGAUGAGAAGGCGCGAGAAAGAGCAGAGCCAGAAGAUCAAGACUACUAUGGCAUGGGCUCACGAAGUGCCCGUCACACCCUGAUUGCUGUGACUGGCCUAGUGUUCUGCACGCUUUCGCCUCUGAUCACCGUCCUGUGCCUGUUCAAUGGAUUCCUGUGUCGAUACGUCUAUGCGUACCUUUGCGUCUAUGCUGAGACGAGGAAGGCGGAUCUGGGUGGUGUCUUCUGGAGCACCAAGAUAAGGCAUAUUCAGCAGGGCCUGCUCAUCUACAUUGUCCUGAUGACGGGCGUGCUUCUGCAACGUGGUUCCAGUAUCGGCCCAGGAGUCAUCGCC